AGGUGCAGCUCCUCAACACCGUUGGGUUUUCUCAGAGGGGAUGUAUCAACUACCUCUCACCUGUCCUCACCAGAACAGAGGAGACCAGACCAGAUUGGCAACACAGAAUGCAGAACCUCUCUAUCUCUUGUGCUCUGGUCUGCCUUAUCAUCUUGGGAAGUUCUGCACUCGUCGGCGCUUUCGGAGUCCUGAAACACCAGAUAAGCGCAGUUCUCGUCACAGGCGUGAUGUACCUGCUGGCAGCAACGUUCGCUUUGUUCACGCUCGCUAUAAUCCACUUCAAGCGCCAGCAAAGCAAGACUCGGACUUCUAGCAUUCCCGUGAGUCCGGAGUGCCUGGACAUUCCAGCUCCGGUUCUAGCUGACGGUGUAUCCCCUUCCAGCGUGGUGGCAACAGAGCCGAGGUUCGCACCUGUGUGGGCUGACUACUACAGUGCCAGGGUGUUCAGUCUAGGAUGGUCGGUGGACCUCGGCUGGGGUGGGGUCAUUCUCUGUGUCCUGGCCAGCAUCUUGUGGAUCCUCCUGAGCAAGAUCAUGAGAUACAACCCCCGGCCCACAGUGAGUCUACUGUCAUAACAAUCACCGGUCGAGGUUUAGACCUGUCUCAAUGCUGCUGCUAGUCAUUAGGAAAGUAGUGACUUUUUAUAAGCGCCUCAACAGAAACAUGAGAUGAAACUACAAACAAAAACUCGCAGCAAGAGAACAUUGAAAGGUCUUGUUUUGGUGCUAAGCCUCACCUUGAUUCUUGAAGAGACAACUCUAUUUACAAGUGUGUAAUCUAUAAAAACCCUUUAAAACGCUGGAGUGUGAUAGUUUUUUUUUAGAAAGUUGAAAAUUGUGGACACCUUCAACAAACUACAAGUGUCUCAAAGAAGAUUGGAUUAUGGUAUCUUCUACAACACAGGACGGAGUAAAUGAUAUCUGAACCACAUGUACUGAGAUUUGUAAUAUAAAUAACAAAUAAUCUUAAAAAAAACGAGUCUUAGAGUAAUAUUCGUCCAGCUUUGUGUCAUAUAUGAGAUUCUAUUUCAUUGAAGAAUUUAUUCACAAUAACUUUUUUUUUUACUCUUCAAAUAAUGAUAAUAUCUAACAUCUUUAAUAUAUA